UCCAGAGUCGGUGGUUCAAAGAUAAGCAUGAACCCGCACACACAGGCCAAGAGGAAAUUUUUGCUAUGGGUGUCGAUAGCUGGGGUGGUGGGGCUGGGGCUGGGGAUGAUCAUUGGGAGGUUUGGUUUUUGUGACGACACUGAGAAGAACAGUGUACCCGGUAUACCAGACGCCAUCGUCCAGGACGGUGAUCCGGAAGUUACAGCGGAGAUCAUCAACCAGAUUAACAGCGAAAAUAUCAGGCGCUACUUACAAGAGUUGUCAGAGAACCCCCAUCUUGCCGGAACAGAUGCUGAUUACAAGCAAGCCAAAGAGCUCCAGGAGUUCUGGACAUCGGCGGGCCUGGACGAAGCGUUUAUCACGCCGUACGACAUAUUGUUGUCUUAUCCCGAAACCCAAAAUGAAAGCAUGAUGAACCAGAUUUUCGUCUACAAUUCUUCAGACCAAGAGGUGUGGAAGUCCGCGCUAUAUGAACCGAUCUUGGACCCCAGUGAGAACAAAUCGAACGUGGUGCCGCCAUUCAAUGCGUACUCUGCGCCGGGGGAUGUUAGCUCUACAGACUUGGUGUACGUCAAUUACGGACGUGUAGAGGAUUACAGGUGGCUGGCUCAGAACACGAGUAUUAACAUCACUGGCAAAAUCGUUCUGGCUCGUUACGGCAAGAUCUUCAGAGGGGACAAGGCCCACCAAGCCUAUCUCCACGGAGCUAAGGGUAUCAUAAUAUACUCGGACCCCGCGGAUUAUGCCGUGGAUGGCGAGACGUCACAGGUGUACCCUCGUGACUGGUGGCUCCCCGAGUCGGGCACCCAGAGAGGGACAAUACUCCUGGGGAGUGGUGACCCCCUAACCCCCGGAUACCCGGCAACAGAACAUGCCUACAGACUUAACGAAAGUGAGGCUGGUCUACCAAAGAUUCCAUCGCAUCCAAUUGGAUAUGGAGUUGCCAAAACUUUAAUCGGCUAUAUGGAUGGGGUAGAAGUUCCAAACAGUUGGAAAGGGGCUUUAAAUGUGACCUACAGAUAUGGCGGGCCAUUAAAAGACCCUUAUAAGAGUGUUCGAAUAAGAAUUUCGACUAAAAAUGAGAAAAGAACAACAUAUAACGUGUUUGGGGUCAUACAAGGAAGAGUUGAGCCAGAUAGAUACGUGUUACUCGGCAACCAUCGUGAUGCCUGGGUGUUCGGAGCAAUCGAUCCUUCGAGUGGAACAGCAGUAAUGAAAGAGGUGUCCCGAGUGAUGGGGAAUAUGGUCAAGACUGGCAAAUGGCGGCCACGUCGCACCAUCAUUUUCUGUAGCUGGGGAGCGGAGGAGUACGGGCUUAUUGGAUCCACAGAGUGGAUUGAGCAAUACGUCAAAAAUCUUGCCUCUAGAGCUGUUGCCUAUUUGAAUGUGGACAUUGCUGUACAAGGCAACUACUCGCUCAGGUCGUUGGGCACGCCUCUACUUAACUCUGUGAUCUACGAUUCUACCAAAAAGAUUCCAAACCCUGAUGACCAAGACACAGUGAAGAAAACCGUGUACGAUAAAUGGUUGGUUAGCUUCCCGAACACCGAAAAAACCUUGCCUAGGAUUGCAGACAUGGGAUCUGGGAGUGAUUACGCACCGUUCAUCAAGCGAGUUGGUUUACCCUGUCUCGAUAUUCGCUACACCUACAACUCAAACAAGUACAAGCUGUCUUCCUAUCCACUCUAUCAUUCCAAGUACGAAACAUUCAAGGUGGUAGACGAGAUCAUGGAUCGUGGAUUUAAGCGUCACCGCGCCGUGGGUCAGGCCUGGGGGGAGAUAGCUCGCAGUCUCGCCGACUCCCUGCUGAUACCGUUCAGAGUCCAGGACUACGCCCAAAAACUGGAGGAACUGGUCAAACAACUGGAUUCCGACUUUGGAACAUUAAUGAGGAAGAAUGGUAUUCAAUUUGAUUUACUUUACAACGUUUCAAGCCUGUUUACCAAGGAGACUGAUGCGUUCCAGAAGUUUGUUGAUUCUGUAGAUAAGCGAGAUCCAUUUGCCAUUCGCAAAAUCAAUGAUCAACUGAUGCAAUUGGAACGAGCUUUUAUAGACCCCCAGGGUCUACCAGGACGCCCUCUAGCAAGACACGUUCUUUUUGCGGAGAGCAGUGUCAACACCUACGCCGGAAGCAGUUUCCCAGGACUAGCAGACGGUAUGUUUGAGAUCGAAAGUAGCCCGGAUGAAGCUAGUAGAUGGGAGAUCGUCAAGAAACAUUUUACUGUCAUUCUCUAUACCAUAGAAUCUGCUGCAUCAACGCUCCGAGACGUCCAUAAGUUUAUGCCUCUGUAACUGCUUUCAUUUUGUGAAAAUUUCCUUUUUUGAAAAUUUAAAAUCAUUUGAAAGUCUUAUCGUUGACAUCCUGUAUUAUUUUGAUAGCGUUAUGUUUUGAAGCUGUCAUUUCGCAUGUAAAAAUGUUUCAUAUAUAUCAUCAGUCAUUUCUUAAGUAGUAUUUAUCUCUGUGCUAUUUAAUGUACAAAUAAAAAAAUCAUAAUUUCAUAUACAUGUACAAGUACAAAUAAAUAGGUGUCAAUUGAUAAAUGUGAUUCGUUUACAAAAUAAAAGUUGAAGUGUU